AGAAAGAGCUUGGAAUACACCCAGUAGUUGCACCUUUACCUGCUGGACGAGAUGCAUUGACUGGUCAAAUUCUGAAUGAUUGCUCUGAGUUGUGCAGCAACAGUUUCCUGGAAUGAUUUAUUUGCUUCAAGAUCUGUACAUAAUACUUAUACUAUGUAGUUUGUUUACAUAUCUGGUGCCAUAGUCUCCGGCAUCUAGCCCUCAUUACAUACAGAACUAAAUGUUGUGGCUGACAAAUUGAAGUGUUUCUGGUAAUUAACAUCCGCAGAUAUGCAGAUACCUUACAUUUGUUAGAGUUUCUUGGAAGCUGAGGUUACAUGGUUAUGUAUGCUAAUUUGUCAAGAUCAAUGUGUUGCAGAUCGCAACUUCCCAAAAGCCAACAGGCUAUGUUUUAAAGCCCCAAAGCAUGGAUACCAUAGCCAUAAAAUGUUGAUACUUAUCCUCUGUUUCCAUUCUUUAACAUGUAACUGACUUGCCAAUUGUUUAACUUUUUGUUUAAGAAAAGGUUGGUCACAGGUCUAACUUGAGCAAUAGAACAGAAAUGACUGAAGUGGGGGUGUCAAGACUCCAGAAGUUCAGAUAGUAAAUACUUUUUGCCACAUUAUUGCAGGGAUCUGAUGCAUCUGCCCAGGUCCUCAUGCUCCCUGAUAGUUUAAAGGAGUAAUAACACCUACAGUAAGACCCAUACAUGUAUUGACUAUCAGGCGCCACAAGACAUGGCGUGUGGAUGCCAGAUGAUUGGAGAAGAGACCAGCCAGCAUCGUCACACUUCUGAAUCUGAUAUGCACUGUGAGAGCUUCUCCCACUUGCAGGGGCAAUACACGAGUAGCAGAACAUACACUACACUCCCUGUCCUCCCAUCUCUGAUCUCUCCUACGUUUCUGAGAUUGCUGCCACCUACAUUGGCCGAUAUGUCAAGCCGGAGGUCACGGUCGAGGCAGUCAGGCUCGUCAAGGAUCACCGACGAGCAAAUCAGUGAUCUCGUAUCCAAGUUGCAGGAUCUCCUCCCUGAAGCUCGACUCCGAAGCAAUGAUAGAAUGCCAUCUUCGAGGGUUCUGCAGGAGACUUGCAACUACAUCAGGAGCUUGCAUCAGGAGGUCGACGACCUGAGCGAGAGGCUAUCGGAGCUGCUGGCCUCGUCCGACAUGAGCAGCGCGCAGGCGGCGAUCAUCCGCAGCCUGCUGAUGUAAACCAGGCGCGUGCUGGCGCGGAACAGAUGGCCGUCGUCGCCUCAUUGCCGCCCUUGGCUGCCUUGCUUGCUGUUGCUGGGCAGUGAGCACACCAUUGAAAGUUUGUAGCUUAGAGAGUGAUCUUAAUUAGUACUGGAGGGGCAGAGGCUUCCUAAUUCACUCUGUACUACGUCUACGUUCAUAAGUACUGUAAUGUCGCCGUCAUGUCAUCUUCUAAACCAGAUCGAUCUUUUUUUGUGUACUUAAAUCAAAAUCCAUCCUGAUUCCUGCAAAGUCGAUGCCAAUUUUUGCGGUCUUUUUGCCGCUCUGUGUACAGUAUGUUACCAACCUCGCCGGUUUGCCGCUGCAAAGGAAGGCGCCAGGUCGCCAGCGAGUUACCUCUUUCGGCGCUUGC